AUGUUUGUGAACUACUAUUAUUAUUUAUUCACAACAAUUUCGAUUCCUGUCAAUGUUUUAUUAAUUUAUCUCAUCAUUUUCAAAUCGCCAAGUUCUUUUCAAUCUUAUCGGUGUGUUAAUUUUGAAAAAAUAUUUUGUUUGCAAAACUCCAAAUUUUAAAAAUAUUAUUAUAAGUAUUACGUAGAGUUUUCUCACAUUUUUUCAACGAAAAAAAAGUGAAUACAAAGUAUAUAUUUUUACAGAAUUCUUCUUCUGAACACUUCUAUCAAUGAAACAAUUUUGAUAAUUUUAUCAUUCUCACUUCAAAUGAGGUUUUCAACACACUUAAAACUUUUCGAAUGUAUUUUUUUUAGAGUUCUUGUAAGUUCUGGCGAAUCAAUUGCUCUUUUAGCCUACGGUCCUUUACGUGGUCUUCCAAUCAAUUUCAUUUUCAUUAUUUAUAAUUUAUACAAUGUUUUUCUAACAACAACAAAUCUCUCACUUAAUAUUUCAAUGUUUUAUCGAUUUUGUCUAAUUUGUUAUGGAAAAGUUAACAACAUAACAAUGACUAAUUUAUUAAUUUCCUCUUAUAUUUUACCACUUUUGAUGUUUAUAGCAAUAACAAUUUCAAAAAGAGAUUUCGAAAUUGUUAUGAAAAAUACUGAAAAAUCAUAUCCAUCUUAUAAUCUUCCAAUUGUUUAUGGCGAAUAUUGCGGAUUUUAUUCAACAAAAAAUUUGAUUUAUCUUGUGAACACAACUAUUUUAAUGGGAAUUCCAUAUUUGAUGCCAAUAUUUAUAUUAUAUUGUAGAAGAAAGAUUUUAAAACAAAUUAAUGAGGUUCAAACUCAUUUGAGUUAUAAAACCAAAAAAGCAUCAUUAGAUCUUGUUCAAGCUUUAACUUUACAAGCAAUGUUUCCAAUGAUUUGUAUUAUUCCAAAUGUUUUAUAUUUUGCAUUUGCACAGGUUUUGAGAAAUUUGAAUUUUAUCAGAAAUUCUUGAUUUUUUGCAGACAAGUCAUAUGGAAUUUGAAUUCGCUGAAUUUAGUGGUUUUCCUAUGUGUUGUUUACCUUGUUUAAUUGAUCCAAUUCUGAUGAUCAAAUAUGUCACACCUUUUAAUAAUUUUGUAUUUCGAAAAAGGAAAAAUGUUAUCAAAGUUCCGACUGCUUCGAUGGUACAUUCUAUUCAUCGAACUGCGUGA